UGUAGGUGAAAGGUUAUACAUGAUAAUUGAGUACAGUUGCAAUUAUUCCAAUAUUUUAACUCAAGCUCAAACAUGUCCAAGAAGAAUUAUAAGUAUACCCUUAACGAAGGAUUCACCGUAGAACAAAGGAAUUUCUACGAGGAGAAUGGCUAUAUAGUGUUUAAGAAGUUAAUUCCUGAAAAGGACAUCGAUAUUUGCCAUCAGAGGUUUCUAGACGUGUGCGAUAGAAAAGUACAUAUUCCAACUAUAGUGAACGCGAAAAAAUUACGACCAAAUGGCGAAACUAGAUCGGAAUUUACAAUCUAUAAGAUACAAGAAAUAAUAUUCGACGAAAUGUUUUACAAACAUUACGCUGGGCAUCCUAAGAUCGUCGAAGUUAUCAAGAUGAUAAUUGGACCGAAUGUGACGGCAGUCCAUUCGAUGUUGAUCAACAAACCGCCCGAUGUGAUUGAGACAAUUUCAGCACAUCCGAUACAUCAAGAUUUACAUUACUUUCCAUUUAGACCUGCUAAUAACAUAGCUGCUUCGUGGACUGCAAUGGAAGAUGUUACAGAAAAGAACGGGUGUCUCUUUGUUUUACCCGGAUCGCACAAAGGUCCAUUGUUUUCACAUAUCGAAUCUAUAAAUAAAAAGUUAUACCACGGCGUGUUUGGCUUCAAUGAUGUUCCGAUGGUAAUGUUACCAAUGGAAAAAGGCGACACUAUAUUUUUCCAUCCGCUUUUGCUCCAUGGAUCUGGACCUAAUAUCACACAAGGUUUCAGGAAAGCUAUUUCUGUGCACUACGCUGACAGCAAGUGCAAGUUUAUAAAUGUUAUCGGUUUGCGAGGCAAACAGAAGAUGUGGCUGAGAAGAUUUUCAAACAGAAAGUUGAUUAUCCUACUGUUUGGAAAAUGAAAAGUCGUUUGAUUUGCGGCGAACCAGGCGCUUUUCAACAAGUCAAUAGCCACUUAUAAACAUGAGAUUCGAUUGUCGGUCGUCGACGGUGACAGACGUGUUAGUCUUUGAAUCUACCUAAGGCGACUUUAGUAGUGUCGAGCGAAGUGUAUUGUAGUAUAGAUUUAUUUU